CCUAACCGGUUCUACCUGAAAUCAAGCAGGAAACAGUUUGUGAACUUUGGAUCCUGCAGAGAGACAAUCAGAUUCACCUUCAGACCAAACUAGCAGCUUCCUGUGAGUGAGUCCAGCUGCAGGAGAGAAAAGGAAACCUCCAACUCUGCUGCUUCCAGCUGCUCACACUGAAGUUUCACUCAGAGACAAAAUGGCUUCCAGGUUAGAGGAGGAUCUCUGCUGUCCCGUCUGUCAGGACGUCUUUAAGGAUCCGCUUGUUCUGACAUGCAGCCACAGCUUCUGUAAGGAAUGUCUGGAGAACUGGUGGAGAGAGAAACCAGCAAGAGAGUGUCCAGUUUGUAAGAGGAGAUCUUCAAGGUCUGAUCCACCUUUAAAUCUGGUUCUGAAGAACCUGUGUGAGACUUUCUUACAGCAGCGAGUUUUAGAGGAUCUCUGCAGUCUGCAUUCUGAGAAACUCAAACUCUUCUGUCUGAACCAUCAGCAGCCAGUUUGUCUCGUCUGCAGAGAUUCAAAGAAACACACCAACCACAGAUUCAGGCCUAUUGAUGAAGCUGCUCAGGAUCACAGAGAGAAUCUGAAAACAUCUCUGGAGCCUUUAAAGAAGAAGCUGGAGCUCAGGAAGAAAGUUCAGGAGGAGUUUGAUCAGACAGCAGAACACCUGAAGGUCCAGGCCCGACACACAGAGAGGCAGAUUGUUGAGCAGUUUAAGAAGCUUCAUCAGUUUCUAGCAGAGGAAGAGGAGGCCAGGCUGGCUGCACUGAGGGAGGAAGAGGAGCAGAAGAGAGGGAUGAUGGAGGAGAAGAUGGAGGCUCUGAGCAGAGAGAUAGCAGCUCUUUCAGACACAGUCAGAGCCACAGAGGAGGAGCUGAGAGCUGAAGACGUCUCAUUCCUGCACAACUACAAGGCUGCAGUGGAAAGAGUCCAGCGCUGCCCCCUGCUGGAGGAUCCACAGCUGCCCUCAGGAGCUCUGAUAGACCAGGCCAAACAUCUGGGCAACCUGGCCUUCAACAUCUGGAGCAACAUGAAGGACAUGGUGACCUACACUCCUCUGGUUCUGGACCCAAACACGGCUCAUCCAAUCCUCUUCCUGUCUGAAGAUCUGACCAGUUUGACUCCAAGAGAGAGACAGCAGCUUCCUGGUAAUCCAGAGAGGUUUGAUCGUGAUUGGUCGGUCCUGAGCUCUGAGGGUUUUAACUCAGGGAGCCACAGCUGGGAUGUUGAUGUUGGAGAUGGUAAAGACUGGGAACUUGGUGUGAUAGCAGAGUCUGUCCAGAGGAAGGGGAAGAUAGCGUCUGGAUUGUUGGUCAUGUUGUUUAUUAAUGGUGAAUACAAAACUUGGUCUCCUCCACGCCCUCCCAUGUUUCUCUCAGUCCAGAAGAAACUCCAGAGGAUCAGAGUGAAUCUGGACUGGGACGAAGGAAAGCUGUCGUUCUCUGAUCUGGAUACUAACACACACAUACACACCUUCACACACACCUUCACUGACAAGAUGUUUCCAUACAUCAGCACUUUGUAUAAAAUAAAACUCUUACCAAUGAAGAUCUCAGUGAUCAAACAGAAGCUUCAGCAUGAAGAACAAAAAGUCAAAAUGAAACCUUAUUAAUCAGACUGAAACUGAAGUUCUGGUUCUUGACUCUGUAACUGGAUGUUGGACUUCUUGACCCACUGGACAUCUUUAUCCGUCAUCCUGAACACUGAGAAUCCACAGGGUUGUGUCCUCGGCCCACUGACACGGUAACCUCUCAGAGGAAGCAGCUGCAGUGAUGGAUUUCAUCACCAAGUCGACUUUCUAGAUUCAUUCUCAACAUCUGUAGCACAGCAGUGGAGAUGGCCACCAGGCUCACAUACCUUUGGAUCUCCAACACCAGGUGGCAGAAAGGACGGGUCGGUCUCCAACAUGAGGAAGUGCUUCUACAGCUGAUUGGUGGAGAGCAGACUGACUUCCUGCCAGAGAAGCAGGAACAUUUCUGGAAUAUGAACCAGUUAAUGGAGGGACGGAGACCUGCAUGUCCCCAACAACCCUGAACAUGGACUGUCCCCCGGAUGAGAAACAUCUUCUCCCCAGAUGCUGUGAAGCUGCUGAAAUGUUUAUGAUAAAUUGAUCUCAGUUUCUGGGUGUAAAACCUUAGUUUGUUUGUUUUUUAACACGAUAAUUUUACUUAUUUUGAUUGUAUACUUUAAUUGAAACUCUGAGAUUUGAGUUCAAUUCUUCAGUCCUUUGUGUUUUUCAUGACACAAAACCCAUAAACUUUAUUUCUGAGUUAAUAUUCACAGAUAACAUCUGGAUCCAUUGGGUUUAAGUUGUU